AUGUCAUUAAAGGACUUUCAAAUAUUGCAAGAAUUAGGUAUAAUUAAUAUGCGAACUAGGUGAGGGAGCCUAUUCUAGAGUAUUUAAAAUAAAAAGAAUUGCAGAUUAAUAAGAAUACGCCCUUAAGAAGGUUAAUUUGCAAUCUCUUUCUGAUAAAGAGAAACAAAAUGCCCUUAAUGAAGUAAGAAUUUUGGCAAGUGUAAGACAUGCUAAUGUUAUUCAAUAUAAAGAAGCAUUUUUGGAAGAAUAAUCUUAAACAUUAUGGUAACUAUUUAUAUGCAAUUAUUUUAAGUAUUGUAAUGGAAUAUGCAGAUGAUGGAGAUCUCUAUUAAAAAAUAGUAGAAUGUUAAAAGAAGGGAGUUCUUAUGUCUGAAAAUGAUAUUUGGAAUAUAUUCAUAUAAGUAUUACUUAAUCCAUAUUAACAUUAAAGAUAGUAAAAGGUUUAAAAGCAUUACAUGAUAUGAAAAUAUAUCAUAGAGAUCUUAAAUCAGCAAAUGUCUUUAUGAAUAUAGAUGGAACUGUUAAAUUGGGAGAUAUGAAUGUCUCCAAAGUAGCUCGAAAAAUAUUACUCUACACAUAAACUGGAACACCUUAUUAUGCAUCACCAGAAGUUUGGAAAGAUUAACCUUAUGAUUCUAAAUCAGAUAUUUGGUCAUUAGGAUGUGUUUUAUAUGAAAUGACAACAUUAAAGCCACCAUUUCGAGCUGAAGAUAUGAGCGGUUUGUACAAAAAAGUAGUCAAGGGUUAUUACCCAAAAAUACCUACAAUAUACAGCUAAGAUUUAAGCAAUGUAAUUAGGGCUUUACUAUAAGUCUAACCACAUUUGAGACCCAGUUGUGAUAAAAUAUUAUAAUUGUCUUCUAUAGUCAAUAGAUUAGAUGAUAAAGUGUUGAUUGAAGAAGAAGGAGCUAAAUUUUUAUUAUAAACAAUUAGAGUUCCAAGAAAUAUGCACUAUUUAACAGAUAGAUUGCCUAAACCUAAUUAUAAUCCAAUUAGAAUGACUAGAAUUGAUAAAUAGUAGUUUAUCUAGACUUUGGCUAUUUAGAAAUUGAAUUAAGAGAAUUUGGAGGAGAAUCAUUCAAUGCAUGUUGAUUUUUUACCUCGUCUUAAUAAAAGGAAUGAAGAGAGUCUUGAUAAUUCGGUUGUUUCAAGAAAUAAUAAAAAAGUUGAUGACAAUUUAAUAGAUAACAAUAAGAAUAAUUAAAUUAAUUAAAUAUAUGGUGUUGGUAUACAACCUAGAAAAAAAGAUUAAAGAAUUUCGAAUAAAUCUUAAAAACAUGAACCUCUAAAAUAAAACAAAAAAAAUGAAUUAGAAGGAGAACUUAAACCUUUAAUAAUAAAAUCGUAAAUAAUAUUAUUUUAUUUUAGUUAUAGUCCUAAAAAUAUACAUGAAGAUAGACAACCAUUAUUACCACUUUUACCUAGUAUUAAAAAAGAAGUUGAAAGAUAAAAUGAAGAUGAAUAAUUAAAAAGAAUUAAAUAAACUGAAGAAUUAAUUUAAUAAUUAAAAGAUAGAUAAAAAUAAAAACAUAAGAAAAUCUAGAAAUUAUGA